AUGAGUACAGCAAGAGUGCCGCGCGCGAAGAUCUUGUGCGAGCUAUGCCAUGACCGCAAGGCAAUAAUGAAGAGGCCCAAGAAUUUGCAGAAGAUCUGUAAAGAGUGCUUCUACCAUGUGUUCGAGACAGAGAUACAUAACACUAUCAUAGACGCCAAUCUGUUCCAAAGGGGCGAGAAAGUUGCCAUCGGUGCUUCAGGUGGAAAAGACUCUACAGUGCUUGCUUCAGUACUUAAGACACUUAAUGAGAGGUAUGACUAUGGCUUGGAGUUGGUUCUCCUGAGCAUAGACGAAGGCAUAGUGGGUUACAGAGAUGAUUCACUGGCAACCGUGAAAAGGAACCAAAAACAGUAUGACAUGCAUCUCGAGAUCGUUUCCUAUAAGGAUCUUUUCAAGUGGUCAAUGGAUGAAAUUGUUGCGUGUGCUGGUGUCAGGAGCAGUUGCACCUAUUGUGGAGUUAUGAGAAGGCAAGCUCUGGACAGAGGGGCAACCAAGCUUGGUAUAUCUCACGUGGUGACGGGCCAUAAUGCGGACGAUAUGGCAGAAACGGUGUUGAUGAACUUGUUGAGAGGUGACACCGGAAGGUUGGAGAAAUCCGUGAAUAUCUUGACGGAAUCAAGUGGCUCUCCAGUUAAGAGAUCGAAACCUUUUAAAUACACCUACCAGAAGGAGAUAGUGCUGUAUGCUCAUUACAAAAAGCUGGAUUAUUUUUCAACUGAGUGCACAUAUGCCCCAGAGGCGUUCAGGGGAACCGCCAGAGUUCUGCUAAAGAACUUGGAGGCUGUUAGGCCUUCGUGUAUUAUAGACAUCAUACGCAGUGGAGAGCAGUUGAAGUUGCGCCCAAAGAAACAGAGGAUGCGGGUCUCUGCUGUUGCUCAGGAGGUGGAAGUGAAACGGGAUGGCUCAGUAUCGCUCAAGCCAGAAUCCAGCAAUACGUGUGAACGGUGUGGUUAUCUUUCGAAUAAUCGCAUAUGUCAGGCCUGUUUCCUGUUGGAAGGCCUGGAGAAGAACAGGGCGAAGGUGUUAAUAGAAGGAGGAAACACAGCCAUUGCGGGAGCAGCCAAGAUUACGAGAGAACUUGAAGCUUUGAGUUUUUAG